CAUAUGCGAGCAGUUGCAAUGCUCUCUCGAAUACCAAUCCUCAACUGCCUUCGGGCUCAAGUUGGGGGACAAGCCUCGCAGAAUGUCGCGCUUCUCCGAUCCUUUUCAAGUUCGCCGUCCGUACAAGCAUCCAGAAAGCAGAAGCACAAGCCGCGGCGGAGUUAUCGCGACUUGUAUGCGGCCGAUUACAGAAAGAAGGCCAACAUAGCCCGUCAAGAAGUCUUGAAAAAGGAGCGAAGUGAGCUAGCAGGAGAUCCCGUCAAGGGCCGACCGACACCGUUUCUAGAAUCUCUCGACACUGGCAAAGAGCCUGAGGUAGAGGUGCAAGAUGCACCAUACUUUCGACAAGGGGCCCGUGGCGAUUGGCAGAAGAAGGUCUAUCUUAGCUCUUACGUUCGGGAGGAUGAGCUCGAAGAGGUUCUUAACAAAAGUCCAGAAAAGUCACACAUGCUCAUACGAAAACUCAAUGAAGCAUGGCAGGAUGAUAAUGCAGGCGUGAAACCCGUCCGGGGCUCGUUUGAAACCGACGAGGCAUACGAAGCAGAGGUCAGAAGACGUCAAGAGUUGCGCGCCCCACUGAACAGGAUUCACGAUGAAGAAGCCAGAACUCUGGUUAAGAAGCGAAUUACAAAAGACCAUGAUACCGCAAAAGAGUCUUUGAGACGGAUCUUGCAACUGGAGAAUGCUAGUCACAAAGACAUCUUUCACUCAAAUGUGCUGCGAUGCAUCGAUAAAUUUGGUCGACACCACACAGACAAAAUCUUGAAGCCGCCUCCCAACCUGAAGGACCAAAAAGCAGAGCCACGACCAUAUGCUCGUGGUGGCCCCGACACGGGAAGCUCUGAAGUUCAGAUCGCUAUUUUGACUGCAAAAAUACAACGAUUGUCGCGGAUUGACCAAGAAGGGCAAUUGAGGAAAGACAAGGCCAACAAGAGGAAUUUGACUCUGCUUGUGCACAGGAGACAGAAGUUGAUGAAGUACUUGUAUAGAAAAGAGAAAGGUGGCCCGAGGUGGCAGCAUCUGGUGGACACACUAGGGCUGGGCGACGCUAUGUGGAAAGGCGAGAUUUCCCUGUAAUAAUAACCCAAUGUAUCAUCAGGAUUGUAAGUUCUACUAUUGUUCAGUCACUCGACAGCCUGUUCGCAACCUCGUAUUGUCACUGGGGUACAUACAGACUUGUGCAAAUGACUAAACACUGAUACACGGAGAUCCUAUUCAAUCAGAACUCGAC